AACGGUGCAGGUCGCGUUUUAAGCUGGGCUUUAAAUUAAUAUAAUGUAUAUGUAUACAUAAUUAUUUUUGAGCACACAAACAUCCAAAUACAAGUGCAAUUAACAUUCAAUUUGUCUAAAUUGGACAUCAAAAAGGGUUUAAUUAGCUCAAUGAAAACAGCAUAAGCUUAAGGGGUGACUACACAGUAUGGUCUACAUGGUAAUUUUCUUGCCAGACAGACUAUACCAGAAAAUGCAGAGACCUAUUGCCUGGUGGUGGACUUGGGCCAUUGGUUUGCUAUUAGCUAAUAUUUGCUCAUCCUUAGAGAAGUCAAAUGUAUACCCUAUGAGAGAAGAACCAGCUUACUACUAUGUGGGGUGCUACACGGCUCGAACAGAUUUACUCAAGGAAUCUGUUUACGCAAAAAUUCCAAAAACAUGUAUAGAAAUCUGUGUGCAAGAGGGCCAUAUAUAUGCUGUGCUCGCUACCGAAAAUUGUUUCUGUGCCAGCUACCUUAAAGCACAAGAGCGACUGGAUGAAAAGCUCUGUAACACCCGUUGUCUGGCCAAUAAAGCACAAUACUGUGGUGGAGUGGGAGUUCACUCCUAUUACUCUACCAAACAACUCAGACAGCCUGCACCGAAUCACCUGCGCCUGGUUAACACUACCGAAAACAGUAUCAGUAUUGUAUGGGACGCUUACGAGCCAAACAACUUACUUGUAAGUGUCGGCACCGAAGGUCUUACGCCACAAGCUAAUCAAGUUAGUAAAUUUAUAAUAAAAUGUCAAGUGGUGCACUCCUAUUCGUCGCUGCCUGUUUUUGAACAGCCAGAGUUCGUUGUUCAAAGCACAGAGACGGAAUUUGAGUUGACGGAUCUACAUCCGGCGACUCAUUACAAUAUCAGCGUGUAUGCUAUGUGCAUAGCACAACAAUUGGAGCGAAAGGAGACUGAAUGUGGUCAUGCAACACUGAGUGCUGCUACUAAGGUGGGAGUGCCAUAUCCAGUGCCUGUACAGCCAAAAAUUAUUACAAGAACGGAUUAUAGCAUCACGGUAGAACUAGCGCCUAUGCAGAAUGACAACGGGCCAUUGAGCAAAUUGCUCAUUAUUGUUGAAUAUGUAAACAAUGCUCUAAGACAAACUUUUGACGCACAGUUGCUAGGCAGCUGGCAGGAAUCCCAACAAAAUGGUGUGCCCUAUUACAUAGCCGCUGAACUGGACUACGAUCGUCCCGAAGAUAAUAGGACCAAGCACUUUGUAGUUGGUGAUGGCAAGCUCUAUGGGCGCUAUCAUAACGUGCCAUUGAAAUUACGUUCCGAUGACCAACAAUAUUCAUCCCAUGUUCACAUUAGUCUAGGCGUGGUAAGCACCUUACAGAACUUUACGAAGACACUUUAUACACGUAGAAACCACGAGCAGCAUACCACCUCGUUGGACGAUUUCCGCUAUGCUACAUUUGAGAGAGGGCAAUCUUCGGUGGUCGCACUGGCUGUGACUUGUAUCAUUUUUGGCAGCUGUUUGCUGUUAAGCAUAAUUACUUAUUUUUAUUUGCGCUACGAAACUUGCCAGAGUCGCGUUCUAAGUGAACGCUUGCGAAACACUCACGAAAUGACUCCGCAAAUAUCAGUUAUUGAGCAAGAGAAUAAUGGCUACUUAGUAGAGGAAGAUUUGCCACCAACACUGGAUAGUUUUAAACAGCAAUUGGAGGCAUUGAUUGCCGAAUUGCAGCAUAUACCACGUUGCGAGCUCCGAAUAAACGUAAAUGAUGUCAUUGGCGAGGGAGCUUUUGGCAACAUUAUUACGGGUAUGCUCUGUGGAAAUGGGAGAGGUAAUGAAUGUGCAAUGCAUGUGUUGUCGACGGACAAAAUGAAAGCUACCUCUCAAUGCCAGCUGUUGGACGAAAUGCAACAGCUCAAAAAACUACAGCGACACGAGCAGGUGCUGGACUUUUGUGGGAUUUCGGCUAGCGCAGAUUGGCUAUAUUUAGUGAUGGAACUACAAAGCGUGUCCCUCAAGCAACGUCUGCUUGAGAGUCGUCAUGAAGCACCGAUUCCACGAUUAAGUUCGCUCUCUGAACAGCUGGUAUUACAGUGGAUGUACGAGCUGUCGAGCGCUGCGGCAUAUCUAAACAGUUUGCAGGUGCAACAACGGCACCUAUCUAGUUAUAGUGUGUACGUGACCACCGAGUCAAAAUUAAAGCUGUGUGUUCUUGGGCCACUGUAUUACGUGAACGCCAAUCGUCAACAGUGUGAUCCUAGGCGAUGGCUGUCACCGGAAAUGCUGCGUGAAAAGCAUCAUAUUACGUCCAAGUCGGCCGUGUGGUCAUUUGCAUGCAUAGCUUGGGAGUGUUGCGCCCUGGGAGGCACGCUUUAUGGGAAUGUUUUAAGUGGUGAACAGCAUUUACUAGAUGCUAUACGGUCUGGUAUGCGUCCUACACAACCUGUAUACGUCUUUAGUGAUCUUUACCAGAUACUACUCAAUUGCUGGCAGGUGGAGCCUAGUGAGCGCAUUGGUUUCGAGGAUGUAGCAUUUGCUAUACGCCAACUGAUGACUUCACCGAAGCAUGCAAUCUGCUUUGAUCGCUCUAUGUCAGACACAGACACCUUAGAAACGCUGCCCUUGUAUCUGCCAAUGCUUGAGACACGCAAUUCGUAAAUGAUAAAAAUCGACAGGUUUAUUCUCGGUAACAAUAAAAGGGCUAUUGAAAACAUAAAUAAAUAAGUAUUAAGCACAACGUAUGAAUGAUGUACAACUCAAUAUAAGCAGUUCAAAGCUUGGUUUCGUACAAGAAUAAUGGAAUUUUUUUAACAUCGAAAUGGCAUACAAAUUUGACCCUACGCUUUGAAUUAAAGAAUUCGCUAAUAUGAAUAUUACUAAAAUAAACAGUUUACGUAAUUAACGAUUUGCAUAUACUAUUUAGAAUAUUGUAUAUAUUGGCUGGCAUCACCAACGUUAAAAGAUAAACGGCUAGAAACUAAUAAAAUGCACAUGCAACUUUUUUCCGUUACUUAAGCGACUUUUGUACUUUGACGGAAAUGGACUCAAGGUGACUAAUGGCAAGAAUUGCAUUAAAUGCUAUUCU